AUGGCUUGGUACGAUAUAUUAUUUCGAGUAAACAUUGUAAGCGAGGCUAUGCAGUCCGAAACUAUGGAUUUACCAAACGCUACACAAUUGCUGAAGAACUACGAUGAAUUUGUAAAAGAGUACCGGCGUUAUUCGUCCGCUGUAAUAACAGCUAGGGAAAUUGCUUUUCAGGCUGGAAUAGAUCUUAUUUUUAAGUCAGUCCGAUCCCGAAGAAAGAAGAGAUUAUUUAAAUACGAGGCCGUAGGUGAUAUACCAACAGAUGCCGAAGAAUUGUUUAAAAUAAACGUCUUUUGCCCUAUGAUCGAUACAAUUGAGAAUGCCUUGGUCACUCGAUUUACACAACUAUCCAAAUUUAAUGAUACACGGUCCUUUUUAUACAACAUCAAAACAAUUCGUGAAAAGUCAAAAUUCGAAAAAGCCUGUGCAAAUUUAGAAAUAAGUUUAACCGAUGGAGAAAAAUGUGAGGCAUCUGAAGAACUUUUACACCCGAAUCCAUUGUUGAAAGAGCUCGAAUCAUCAGAAUCAAUAAAAGUUCUUUAA